UAUAGUGUUCCGGUGUUGUUUUAGAUCGGUGAUUGAAUGAUUCUGUGAGUGUGGACUUCCUGGUCCGUUCAUUAGAACGCAGUUAUCCCACUCUGUUUCCGCGGAGCCUCGCUCUCAUUCUCGGUGUUAUCGCCUCUUCAAUCCAGACACUGAAGCUACGUUCUAUGAAAUCACAAGCGGCAGAUCUGUCAUUUGACUGAGCGGAACACACCGGGUUGGAUGGCGUGACCCCAGGUGCUCUCUCCUGAGGCUGACAACAGAGCAGGAUGUCAGACAGUGGGAACCAGUCCUGUCUGAUGGAAGCAGAGGACACUGUCUCCUUCCUGGUGUGUGUGUUCCAUGCUUUGGAGGAAUGGGCUGGCCUUGGUCAGGUGGAGGACUACCUGAGCGUUUUGGAGUACCUGCUGUGGGUCUUCACCCCUCUGGCUAUCGUCUUCAUUCUGCCCUUCCUCAUCGUCAUACUCCUCUACCUGUCGAUACUCUUUCUUCAAGUCUAUAAGAGGAAGAAUCAACUGAGGGAAGCUUACUCCAACAACCUGUGGGAUGGGGCCAGGAAGACUCUGGCUACUCUGUGGGACGGACAUGGAGCCAUAUGGCAUGGCUAUGAGAUCCAUGGGCUGGAGAAAAUCCCUGAUAAAGGACCAGCACUGAUCGUGUACUAUCAUGGAGCGAUUCCUAUCGACUACUACUACUUCCUGGCCAGUGUUAUCCUCCAGAAAGGACGGACCUGUCACUCUGUGGCUGACCACUUACUCUUCAAAAUCCCAGGUUUCAAAUUACUAUUGGAAGUGUUCAGUGUGAUCCAUGGCCCUCAGGAAGAGUGUGUGCGAGCUCUGAAGAAUGGUCACCUGUUGGGUAUUUCCCCUGGAGGAGUGCGGGAAGCUCUGCUCAGUGAUGAGACUUACCAUCUUCUAUGGGGCAAACGCAAAGGCUUUGCUCAAGUCGCCAUCGACUCUCAAGUGCCAGUAAUUCCAAUGUUUACUCAGAAUCUGCGAGAGGGCUUCAGGUCUUUGGGAACUCUCAGAUUAUUCCGCUGGAUGUAUGAGAGGUUCCGUCUACCUGUAGCACCUGUUUAUGGUGGAUUUCCUGUGAAAUUCCGGACCUUCCUUGGGGAUCCCAUCCAAUAUGAUCCAAACAUGAAUGCUGCAGAGCUUGCGGAGAAAGUUCAGCAGGCUGUCCAGUCUCUGAUAGACCAGCACCAGCAGAUCCCAGGGAAUAUCCUGAGAGCCUUGAUAGAGAGAUUCUACACCAAACACAAAGAUCAUUAACAUCAGCAGCAAAACAGAGACAUACUGUUACGUCUCUGAUUUCUUCAGUGUGCACAUUUUUUUAGUAUUUUCACGACUUCCUUCUCUUCCCUUAAACAUGUUUAAUUAGAAAUUGGUUGGUAUGUCUGUUUCGAACUUGGUUAGGGACUAUCAGAAUCAGUAGUUUUCCGGCAAUUUAUUUUUGGGACUUUUUCAGGAGCUACUCCCAAAAUAUUGAAAUUUUAUUUCUAAUUGAGCAGAGCUUUAGUUCAGGCAAGUCAUGAGUUAAGUUCAGACAGAAUCCAGUAUGUCAGCUGAGGGUAGCAGAACUCUAUGCCAGCCCACAUCAGCUGAUGGCUCAGCUGAUCCCCUCCAGACAUUUAAUUGGUCAAGCUUAUAUUGCACACUCUAUUAAAAGUCAAGUGUGUCAGAUUUAGGUGAAAGUUGUUUUCUUUUUUUACCCCUGAAUGGGUUCUGUAUAUUUACUUCAGGAGCAGUUCCUCUCUACGGAGGCUGCCAUGAUUUGAUGAGGUGAUGGGUAUUCAGCUGCAACAUGCAACUUCACCACUAGAUUUCACUACACACUGAACCUUUAAAGGUACUUUACUCUGCCCACUCUUUCUGCUUCCAAUACAAGCCACUUUGCCAACCAUGUCUCAAUUAUGUUUUUCUGAAUUGACCAGGUAAAGCUUAAAUCCUGAAGUAAAAUACCUUUGUCCAAUAAGGGCCAUUUAAAUGUUUAUAACAGCCUUCAUCAGUAAACUAGCAAAGUGUUUGAUGUCAGAUGGUAGUGAUGAUGAUGAAGAUGAUGCUACCUAGAUCUGGUUUUUAGCUAAGUUAAGCUAGUCUGUUGUUUGAUCGCAGACUAUUUAAAAACACUGGAACUUUCUUUCAGUAUCCUUCAGUAUUUUACAACUAUCUUGUGCCAUAUCAGUUAUCUGUAAUGCAACCGUUCUUUGAGAAAAACUGACCCGUUGGAAAAAAAAGCUUUGUCUAGUUAAAGCAGCACUGCUAACAAGGCUUCUUCAUAAAUUCUCCCUCUGAAUGACAUUUUAGCUUUCCAGUUUUCACUUGGCCACCAAAUGUCACUUUUCUUGACAGCCUCCAUUGUUAUAGAUGAAACGAAACAGCUGUCUGUUUCUUUCACCCUGAUGAUGACCUGCCAGAUGGCAUAUUCCUAAAGGACACAUUAGUACAUUUAAAGUUACUUUCUUUUAUUGCAAAAAAAAAGUAAUGGGUCUCAAGAGAUUUGUUUUCAAUGGGGUGUAUAGGGUCUGGAGCAACAAGGUUCUCCACCCCUGGUCUACAGUCUAUAAGGACUCUUGAGUUCCUUUGUUGUCGUGUUAGAAAAUCCCAUGAUGCUUACUUCCAUAUAUAUUUACCAAUAAUAUUUAGAGUUUGUAUUGUCCCUGUUGCCAGUUGUGUUAAACAAGAGCAACCCGCUUGUCCUGAGAAAAUUAGUUCAUCAGCACAAAAAUGAUCAAGUGCAGUGACUUUGGCUUAGCUACAUCAUCGUAUAAAAACUGCAGAUGAAGUUUAGACAUGUUGUCUUCAGAUAUUCAUGUCUCUUAAGAUAGGGCCAAUACACUUGACAAUGUGUGAAGGAGGCUCGAGAUGAAGGUUGUACAAAAGUAUUGUCUGUGUGUGAGCUUGCGCGCAUGUGCUAUACUGCGAGAUUACCCCUCAUAAAACCAUAAGUGUCCCUUCACAAAAUUGAAAUAUCUUCUGUCUAUAAUAUUUAUCAUAUCAGUAAAGAUAAGGAAGUGUUUGUUUAAUUCCCAGACCCCCGGAGCUUCAUAAGAACUGCUGUAAACUGAACAUUUUACAUUUUGCAUAGUAAUAUUGUUGAAAUAUAUUUGCAUGCCUGAGCACAUAUUAAGUUUCAGUGAUUUUGCACAUAUUGUCUUCAAAGUGUUGCUGCCAACUGACAUUUUCGAAAGAAGCCUUUUUGUCUCUUUGUGAGAGAUGAUUAACCAGAUGCUUUACUUCUGUCAACUUGCCCUUUUCCAUAUUUGUUGUUCAUCUAAUUUGUGUUUUUAAAUUAUGUCAAUAGAAUAUUUAAAUAUUGCACUUUUAAAUAUUGAGAUUCAGAUGAACCUGUUAAUAAAUCUAUUUUUAGUA